CAGUCUCAGUUUAAGUAGCAAUUCGAACGCGUCUGUGCGUCCACACGAAGCAAACGAAAACUGCCUAGGGAAAGCGAGCAAAAAUUGUUUAUAGAAAAUUAUACAUACCACACAAAGUGUUUUCGCCCAAACAUUCAAAUUUUGAAUUUCAUAUAACUUUGGGUUUUGUUUUUGUGUGUUUCGGUGUGCUUUGUCCGUCGUGGUCGAGUAAGAAGCUGCGACGUGCGCUAAAUUUAGCGACCGGUGUAUUAUAGGGUGUUGUAUGCUAUAUGAAUUCGAGUCCCAGUAUCAUCUGGCCACGCCUCCACGCCGCCGCCAACAGCCAGCCGUCAGCCGCCGCCUCUUCUCGCUCUCGCACGAGAAGCGCGCCCCAAAUUUGUGAUUUCAAAAUAGUAUUCAUACAAAUUAUGUGCUCAACCCAGCGAGCAAUCCAAUAACAACAACAAGAUAUUAUAAUAAUUAGUAAAUAUUAUAGACAGUUGGGCUUUUAGUGUCUGUGAGUGAUUUAAAGUCAAGCACUAUAAACAAAAUGCCAGCCUCGAAUACGAUUGUGCUCAAGAGUUUGUCCAUAUUGCUGGGCCUGUUUUUCAUAUUUGUGGGCACGCUGAAGCUGACGCCGCAUAUUAGCAAGGAUCUCUACAAGGAUCUGCGCACAGAAUACGUGAAAUAUGCCAAGGUAUUUCCGUUGACGGCUAUGUUUGGCAUUAAGAUACCCUCGAAAUGGUAUCGACGCACCGUUGGCAUCUUGGAGAUUGUGUGCGGCCUGGCCAUGGCAUUAAUACCCUAUCACAAGAUCAAGAAUGUGGCGAAUGUGCUGCUGCUGCUGCUGAUGCUGCUGGGCAUCUACCAGCAUUGGAUGGUCAGUGAUCCCUUCGAGCGUUCCGGACCGGCGCUGGUGUUCACAUUCAUGUUGGGCGGCCGAUUGGUCGUCUGGUAUCAGACCAGUCGCAAGGAGGCCGCUGACCUCUCGGCCGUCAAUGCUCCGCAAGCGAAUGGGCUCAAGCAGGAGUAGAUAAUGCCACGGAUAACUAGAUUUUUGAUCGUAUAUAUAGUCGGAAUCAUUAAUUCAACUCAUAGACGCACUUGUAAACAGCUUUCUUUUAGCACAAUUAGUUGAAAUUUUUCGAGCUCAAUUGGCGACCUUAAUACAUAACAUAUAAUACAAGCUAUUAACGAAACAACUCUCAUUUAUAGUUAUAAAUUAAAUCAAAUUUUUUAUAUAGAAUAAAACAAAA